AUGUCUUACAAGGCCAAGCUAACCGACUUCAUGAAGAAAGAGAAACUCGACGAGGACAGCCACGGGUUGAAUCACCUCCCGCCUGACAUCCGUCCAGACCAGCCAGCUCGAAAGCGAAGUAUCUGGGAGAAGGUCGAACAAAAGCUGAGGCAGAGAAAGAAAGACUCAGUUCCAGUUGCUCCGCCGCCCGCCAUGGAGUAUCCUUCUGCUUCCCUCAACGAAACCAAGGUGAGCAAAGAAGAUGUCAAGAUGGCAAAUCUGUCUGCUUCGUUCCAAAGCAACUGGGGUGGAAAUAAAAAUGACGGGAUGGACCACGCGCUUGCGUACGAACCUUCUCAUUCUCUACCACCUUCGUCAUCGAAUGCCUGGUUUUCAACGACCUUCUCGAAGACUACUGAUCAACCUUGCUCCUACUCUCAACCAUAUUCCCCGUCUCAACCCCCCACCAACGACUACCUGCUCUUUCAGGGCCUCUACAAUCCCACGUCUCUAUCCCUGAGUAGUGUCACCAGUGCAAUAAACUCGCUAGGCAAGCCAGUUGGACGCAUUACAUCGGAGCCGCCGGCUGCCUACUACUCUGUGCAGGCCUACACUUUUGCACAUCAAAAUAUCCCGUCCUUCAACAUCACAAAGGCACCCAUCGCCCAUACCGUGCCAAUCUGGAUGCAGGAGAAUACCGACUCGGCCAUCGACAGAAAGGUGAUGCGACACUCUGCGAACUACCUGGAGGCCCCGACGCCACCGUGUGCGCAAUUUGCGAGCCCUUCAAUAGAAACCAUGGGGAAGUCCACGGCACCAAAUGAUAACCAUGCCGUGGCCCGAACAUCCGUCCCGGGUCAGAUAACCUCCUUCCCAGCCACUGUCACGGGUCUUCAUCAAACAAUUCUCGCGCAGUCUAGCAUCCCAAUGUCAAUACCAGCACACGAAGAGGAGCAAAGUCUGCGAGACUUUGUCCAGAGGAUGACCGAGCACAAGUGCCCAGACUGUAACAAGGACACGAUACCCUUCAAAGCCAGCGCCGUCUUCGUUCAUGCUGAAAAGAUCUUGACUUCUAAGAAACAUCACUGUAUCUUCAACUGCAAGCAUUCGAGAUGCCGCGUCUCCUACUGCCCUGGCUGCUCGCAAAUAAGCAGGGCAUCCGCGAUACCCUUUUGGUCAUCCGCAGCCGCCACCACGGCAAACAGCACAGGCGCGUCAACGUGGUGCUGCCCCUCUGCACGACUCUUCUUCAUCUUCCUCCUUCUCUGCGGCCCACAUGCCCAUCCCAGACAUGACCUGGCCUCCCUUCUCCAAGACCGUCAGGUCGAAGUCAAACCUUGGACUCCGAGAGCCUCAGCCAGCUCUUCCGUUAACGAAAGUGCGUCAGAGGGCCCGCAUCGUUUGGCAGGGCCGGCUGUCGGCACAGGCUACGGAUGUUCCGGGGACGGACAAGGCUCCGGCGGAGGUCUGCUCCAGUAUGUCGGCGACAAGAGCCUGGAGCUGCUCCCCGAACUCUUUGCGAAGCUCCGGUGGGCUUGGCCUUCCACCGCGAACUCGAGCGAGUUCGACCAGAACCCUCCUGAGCUACUCCUGAGCAUGACCCGCCGCAGCCCGCUGAUGAUCAAGGUUGCGGAGCUCCUCCGCGAUGACUGCAUAGAAGAGGUCAUGCGCCGCGCUGCUCUGUACCAUUCCAUGUUCGACUUCAUCAAGGCCGUCGUCGCGCACCCCUUUUCGGCCCCUCUGGUCCGUGAUAUCCGGAUCGAAUAUCCCCUCGCCCGGACUCUCCUACCGGUCUGCUUCGGGACAGCUGACAUUCUUGCGCCUGCCAUGCAGCAGCCUCAUUCAGUGGAUCACAAGGGUAAGGGAAAAGCAAAGGCGCCAUUCGAGCCGCCACAGGAUACUCUGCAGUCCCUGGCCAGCUUGCUCUCUUCGUUGACGGACCAGUCUCGGGCGGUGAUGCAUUAUCUGAAUGCCGGGAGCCAUAAUGCUACUGAUACGCUGGCAAUGUGCCAGCGCAUCUGUGACCUCUCUGAUGAACUCGGGACAUCGACCAUCCGCACCGCCGGAUAUAGAAAAGUCGCCUGCUCAGCCCAGGCGUCCUCUUCAUCAACAACUUCUGCCGCAACCGUCAUCGCCGCCGUCGGACCAGGAGCCCACGAAAAGAAACUAGAAGGCAUGCGAACCUGGCUGAGCAGAAACAAGGUCACCGAGUUUGAGACGGACAACUGGUUGAAUGCAUACAGCUUCCGCAGGUCUCUGGCAGACACCGCGGAAAGCGCUCCCAAGCCCGGCCGAAUGAAGAGGAUCGUGUAUGAACUGUCAAUGCUCAGGACUUCUGUGCCAGAGGGCAUCCUGGUCCGACACGACAGCUCGCGGCUGGACGCCAUGAAGGUCCUCAUUGUCGGGCCAGAAGGCACGCCGUACGAGAACGGGCUCUUCGAGUUUGACCUGUUCUGUCCCCUCGAGUACCCCAACACGCCGCCGCGGAUGGAGUUCAAAACGACACGAAGCGGGCGAAAGUUCAACCCAAACCUCUAUGUCGACGGAAAGAUAUGCCUCUCCCUCCUCGACACCUGGAGCGGCGAGAAGUGGUGCCCUAGAACGUCCACCCUGCUGCAACUUCUUGUCUCCAUCCAGGCCAUGAUAUUCUGCGCCGAUCCGAUAUGGAACGAGCCCGGCAGCGCCGACGGCCUGGGCGUCCAUGCCUCCGACCUGUACAACUGGGAGAUGCGCGCCGACACGCUAAUCUUCGCCAUGAGCGACUGGCUUCGCGAGCGCCAGAAGAACGCCUACGGCUGCGGCACCGGCAGUGGCGUCUGGGACGAGGCCGUGGGAAACCACUUUAGGCUGCGGUGGCACUGGAUCCUGGAGACCGCCCUCCGUUGGGAGAAGGAGAACGAUCCAGAAGUUUCCUUCUCGACGUCCGGCCUGGGAUUCAUCAUGCCGGGAAAGUGCGCCGCCAAGAGGUUCCGCGUCGGGAUCCGCAGGUUGAAGGGAUACUUUGCCGAGUGGGCGAGGACCGAGGAGGAGUGGGAGCUGGUGAAAAUUGGAUCCGAAGACAAGAGCGAGGCUGGCAUCGACAAUGUGCCUAAGGGAGGCCAGGGAAAGGACCAAGAGUCACAUAGCUUCAGUACAGACUCUAUUCAAGGCUCGCUCAGCUCGCUCAACCUGUCAGAGUAG